AAACUCAUUCCUGAUUUCGUCCCGUUUUUCCGUUGCCCCCCUUAUGAAUCUCGGCUUUAACCGUUAAUUUCAUGAAAGUAACGUCAGUUACUCGUAACAGAGACGAUUUAUUAAGAUUAAGUAUUGGAUUUUAAUGAAGCAUUGUUUUUUAGAUCUACUUACCGUCGUUUGUAAAUAUCGCAAAAAUUUGCAUGAUAAGAAGAGAACCUUGCUUUUAAGUAUCUAUUAUCUCUAUCCCCUUUAAUCAUAGAUGUAAUCGUGUGUCGUAAAACAAUUCUCUUUAAUCUACUAUUUUUGAUACCUGCAUAGGUUUUGUCGUGUAUUUCAAUUCCCUCGACGUCCUCUUCAAUCUCAUUAAGGAGUAACAGGGCGAGUCUAUUGAAUCGUCCAAGCGUUCUAUCAAAUCUUCCUCGAUCAAUUGUUUUCCUACCAGUGAACGUGCACAUCCGUUUUUUGUAGAUGUGUAGCUUGGAACAGUUUAACUCCACUGACGUUUAAACUUAGUUUAAUCUUGUGUGCAGCGUUAAAUUUAAUUUUCAUUUCCGACGUUUCAAGAUAUUUUCGAUAUUCACUGUCAUAGUCGCGUGUUUAACGUAUUAUACCAUGAGAUCUUGGAAUUUUCUUUGGAGAGCACCCAGCUUGCAAUGACAUUGAUUUCCGCAACGCGUAUUGCACAAUAUGUUACAUAACAGCAGACGAGGAACUCGUUUUUAAUGAAAAACGGUGAAUAGAUGCAGUAUCCAAAAAAGUUUGCUCUAAAAAAUGAACAAGAUAUCAGGUAUUAGAAAGCUGAGAAUCUUUAAAUAGACCCCGAGUAUUUAUAAACGAAAUCUAAUAAUUUUCAAAUCGAGUCAGAGUGGCGUCGGUGAGAUUAAUCUCAGCUGACAGUGCGAGUCAGCUGGCUCGACGAACUUUCCGUUAACGAAUCGAUCCGCGACUUCCAGCAAUCGCGCAUCAUUAAGAGCGAGUGCCUCGUGUAAUCUCGAGUUUCCGUGCCGGUGAAUCUCGACUUAUUCCUACGCGCGCUUCCGCCGCGGGCAGCGAACGAUGCCGUUGCGGUGGACAAUCCGUCCACGUGGAUCGCCCACAUGCGUCAGGUAUCGUGGCUCGCGGUUCUCUUAAUUGUUCCCCGUUUUCAGUGCGCGAAGGAUGUUAGCACGGCCAAGUUCUGUGUCAGCGGUGUCCGCUCCAAACCUACUUUUACCGUUUUCGUGUAACUGUGCUUCCUUCGCUCGAACUCAAAGACGUAGUGUAAUUUCGACUUGUCGAACCUUUCACGCCUUCGAAUCAUGAUUCCAUAGACUUUUGAUGUUUGCUUCUGUUCGUGGAUGGAACAAUGCUCUUCUUUAUUAAUUCGGGCUUGAAUCUUGCGAGAGAUAAUAAUGUUUCUCAUUGAUCCGCGUUCAGGCGGACGAAGUCGGUGCUGUGUUUCGAUCAACGAUCUCUCGUUUAUCCCUGCCGGGUUCCUGGCUCACGGAUGCUAAUAAAUCGUGAUCCCAACGGUGAAUAAUUCAGUCCGACCGUCGUCACUCGCGGAACGCAGGUGCUUAGAAGUCGACCGCGCGCGAUAUUUCAUCGUGGAAUUUUUCACCGUGCAGUGGAAAGUUUGCGUGCUAGUUAUUAAAAUCGAGUAGGGUCAACGGUGAGAAAGAACGUGGGACACGGAUGAAUAAAUCUCGUUUGACGAUUUCUUCGAUUGAACCGUCAGAAGUGUCUCUUGGUGGAACGAUUCGAUUUCAAUGUUCGUAGUAAGUGAACAAGAUCAAUGGGCAAAGUGGAUUCACGUUCAUUUGUAUGAAAUACGUAUUUAUUUCAUAAUUGUAAAAUAUGUAAAAUUGUCGCUAUUAGUUUGCCAACAAUCUAAUUUCUCUCCUUUGAGAGCCGCGGCCAAUGUCAUUGAAUCAGUGGUAAUCGAAUUUCAAGUCGCGAAACGCUAAGUGCAGAUGAUCGGCCUUGGGGCUCUGUUCGACACGAUCCAAAUAUCAUAGUUUUAACUGUUACAGCGUUUUUGCAAGAGCGUGUAACUGUUACCUUGACUUGGUUCGUAAUCCAAUGCAGGAAACGAUAGCGAUUCAGAGAUAUCGUUGAACGGUCGCAAGAGAUAGCGAAUGCUUUUUACGUAGACGUUUAUAAUAAAGCUACCCUCGAAUGUUAAAAUGUUGGAAAGUUUCGUGCAUUUACGAGAAUAGAAAACACGUAGGUGAGAAUCGAUCGAUAAGUGAAGAUAAGAGUUUAGCACCGACCAUUUCGGCCUGUUAAUUUUUAUCCUAAAAACGGCGACUUCCUUUUCGAUUAUAACGCAUAUACUUCAAAUUUUCCAUGUUAUUUAAUAAUCUGAAAAGUAAGUACCAUUCGACAGACAAGAAGCGUUCGUAUUAUUAUUUAGAGAUGAAUUAACGUGAUAAUUCUAAAUAGAAUACGAGAAGAGACUUAACGUUUAAGUAACACCUACGUAGAGAACGUUAUCUGCUAUCUGGGUCUUUAUCUCACGAGUUAGAGUAGCGUAAUCGUUGAGUAAUUGGGAAAUUGCAAAAGAAUCGCGGUACGGAUGGACGGGUAUCGAGGAGACGUCGCUUGCACUUUCUUCUUCGUCGCGAGAGUUGAUAUUUCAGUGAAAGUUCACAACUCGGUCGCGUACCCGAUCAGCUGACCCAUUGAUUUCCUCUUGAGCGUUCCCAUUAUGCCGUUCCACAUCACGAGUAAUCUACCUUGAUAAACGUUCGCGAUAAAAGCAAUCUUUAGCGCGCUAUUAAUUUAAAUGCCUUUCAUGUGAUAAUCUACAAUUUAGCGAUAAUGUUAUUUGUUGAUGUAAUUUUCAGAAAGCAAUACAAAUAAUACAAAAAGGACAAUUUUCUUUUUUUUAAAAUUAGAUGCAAAUGGAAACAAACUCGUAACUAUUUUUAUGCACAUUUUGCGAUAAACCUGGUUGAAAUUGUUACGUCCAGUAGACGGCAAUCUUUAUCUUUAUGAUUGCGCUUGUUGUCAAUGAGUCAUCGCUCAUGCUUUUUGAUGAUUCUACGUUAUGCACGUUUCUUGCAUUGAGUUACAUGUUAUUACCGACUUACAAAUACGUUCUUUAGUCCUCGUUUUAUUCGCCUCUAAUUCAAUGAACUGCACGUGGCGUGUUACGGAGCCUUAUCAGUGUGAAAUUUAAAAAAUCGAUUUCUUUUUAAAUCUCACAUUGGUAAGGACCCUUAAAUUGCGAAAUACGUACGUAUUUACAUACUUUCUUGUGAACGUCGUACAAGUUGCUAACGACUUUUUAUCUCGCGCAAUUAUUUAUUAUGCAAGGUUUCUAAACUCCCGAGUGACUGCAAAAAAUUCAUUUGAUGUACAAUCGACCGACGGUGAGCAUCGAUUUCGUUCCCCCGAACGAAAGUGAAAAUGUCGCACGUUCCAGUGAAAAGUAAAUCGCCGACGAAGAGUUCGAAGCAGGUCUCCUCCCAUGGAGAGUAUCGCCGGAUACAGUUUGCUUUACUGAAGGGACAUUUGCACGAGACCUUGCAUCGGACUGACUCGAUGGUAUCGCUCUGUUACCGACCCCUCGCCAGCUAUAUCAUUGACGAUAAUCUCGCGGGUCUACAAAAUUUCCUUGAAAACAAACGGGUGCAGAUCGAUGACCGAGACGAGAAUGGUAGCACAGCCCUCAUCCUCGCAGCGACCAAGGGGAAGAUACAUUUUGUGCGAGAGCUCAUCAAUCAUGGAGCGGACGUUAAUGCGGAGGACGGAGACAAUUGGACGGCGUUGCUCUGCGCAGCCAAGGAAGGGUACACCGAUGUCUGCCUCGAGUUGCUCGAGCACGGCGCUGAUUUGGAAUAUAGAGACAUGGGAGGGUGGACAGCGCUUAUGUGGGCAACGUAUAAGGGUAGGUCGGCGACGGUGACGAUGUUGCUAGCACGAGGAGCUGACGUCAAUGCGCACGGAAAUUUUCAUAUACCCUCGCUGUUAUGGGCAGCGGGAAGGGGCUACCCUGACAUUGUUAAAGAUCUCAUUGCUCACGGUGCUAAAGUCAAUGUUGGCGAUAAGUACGGUACCACGGCGUUGGUUUGGGCGUCGCGCAAAGGACACGUAGAAAUCGUAGAUACUCUUUUAAAAGCUGGUGCUAACGUCGAUACUGCUGGCAUGUAUUCAUGGACAGCUCUUCUCGUGGCUACCCUCGGGAACCACGUGGACGUGGUGCUACUCCUUUUAGAGCACAAACCGAACGUGAACGCUCUAGACAAAGACGGCUGUACGGCUUUGGCGAUAGCCUGUCGCGAAGGACAUAGCGAAAUAGCGAACGCGCUUUUAAAUGCCGGUGCUUACGUGAAUAUUCAAGAUCGGGCUGGAGAUACGAACUUAAUUCACGCUGUGAAGGGCGGUCACAGGGGAGUGGUCGAAUCUCUUUUGAAGAAAUACGCCGACGUUGAUAUCGCCGGCAAGGAUAAGAAAACCGCGACCUACAUUGCGGUGGAAAAGGGCAAUAUAUCGAUAUUGAAGUUGUUACUAAACGCUAACCCCGAUCUGGAGAUCGCGACGAAGGACGGCGACACACCAUUACUGCGGGCAGUUAGGUCGCGUAACGCUGAAAGCGUCCAGGUUCUGCUAGACAAGAAGGCCAAGGUUUCGGCUACCGACAAGAAGGGUGACACGGUGCUUCACAUAGCUAUGCGGGCGAGAUCGAAGGCGAUCGUUGAGAUAUUAUUGAGAAAUCCGAAAAAUAGUCAGCUACUUUACCGUCCAAAUAGACAAGGAGAGACACCGUAUAAUAUCGAUAUCAAUCAUCCAAAGACCAUUCUUGGACAAAUAUUUGGCGCACGGCGACUUAAUACUAACGAGGACAAUGAAAAUAUGCUUGGAUACGACUUGUACAGUAGCGCGUUAGCGGAUAUCCUCAGCGAACCAUCCCUUUCCACGCCUAUAACCGUUGGCCUUUACGCGAAAUGGGGUUCAGGAAAAUCGUUUUUACUGAAUAAAUUAAGAGAGGAGAUGAAAAAUUUUGCUCGCCAGUGGAUAGAUCCCGUAUUCCAGUUCUCUUUCCUGUUAUUCGUAGUGGUAACUCAUGUGUCUCUGUUAGUGGGUAUCACGAUAGGUCUUGCUCUCCAAUCGUGGAUCGUUGGUCUCGCGUGCGGCAUAAGUCUUAUUUUUAUUACGUACGCGUUUUUGAUACUCAUUUGGUAUGCUAAUAAAAGAUACGAUUGGUAUUGGCCGUACAGUUUCACGGUAGCUUUAACCACGAAGUUGAAUUCGCUGAAGCUAUUGUUACAAGUGAUUUUCUGUCAUCCUCCCGGAGGCCGAGUCCACGACGGCGUCACUGUUCAACCGAUAAAAUUCUACUUCACGGAUCAGACCCGGGUCGGUACGACCGCCGCCGGUGAGAACGCGGUGGUGCAGAUGGUGGGAUCCCUUUACGAUUCCAUCGAGAAUGAUUUCGGUUCUCUGUCGACGCGGUUGUACCGAGCGUUUCGACCGAAACCAGACAAGUCGACGACCACCUGGAAAUGGAGGCACCUCUGCUGUCUGCCGUACAUAGUUAUAUUCGAAUUCUGCUUUUGCAGUCUGCUCGUCGGUAUCUCUGUACUUACAGUCUACCUCAUCGAUAUGUCUAGUAACGAACCAACGAUAGAAAAAGUCACGGCACACAUUAUCAUGAUAACCGUUGCCUUAUUACUAGCCGUUAGCGUGAUAGCGAAUCUGUACACGUGGAGCCGUACGCUGCAAGCGCUUGUUUUCUCUCAGAGGCGGCACCUUCAGCGCAGCAUCUCUAAGUUGGAGACUCUGAAGAGCGAAGGUUUCAUACAAACGCUGAGAAGCGAAGUCAGUCUGAUGACAGAGAUGGUGAAGUGUCUAGAUAGUUUUAUGGCGCAACAGAGCAGAUUAGUGAUAAUCGUCGAUGGUCUGGACAGUUGCGAACAGGACAAAGUGUUGUUAGUUUUAGACGCUAUUCAAGCAUUGUUUAGUGAUAAUGGUUACCCGUUUGUUGUUAUCUUAGCAAUCGAUCCGCAUAUAAUUGCCAAGGCAGUGGAAGUCAAUAGUCGAAGAUUAUUCACGGAGUCUAAUAUAGGGGGGCACGAUUACUUACGAAAUAUGGUGCACCUUCCGUUUUAUCUCCAGAACAGUGGAUUACGGAAGGUAAAAGUUGCUCAACAAACUGCCCAACAUAGUAGAAAAACUACGUGGACCGAGGCCGAGGAGAGCGUUAAUUAUACGACCAGCAGCACGAUGCAUCAUUCUGUCUCGAACAGAAGACUCAGCACGGAAUCCGGCAUAAUGAACAGCACCGAGAAGCUGAAACCGCAAAGUAGAAAAGGGAGUCGGAAAUUGCGAUUGAGCGAGUCGAUUGCGAGUAGCAUCGGCAGCAAUUUGAAUCGGCUCGGUGGUGCACAGGACCUCAAUAAAAUGCUUCUCACCGACGAUUACUUUAGCGACGUGAAUCCCCGUAGCAUGAGAAGGCUGAUGAACGUCGUUUACGUUACCGGGAGGUUGUUAAAAGCAUUCCAAAUUGACUUCAACUGGUAUCAUUUAGCCAGUUGGAUCAAUAUCACCGAACAAUGGCCAUUUAGAACGUCUUGGUUGAUCCUUCAUUACGAUAUGUAUGAAGAUAGUUUAGACGAUUCUAUGUCGUUAAAGAGCCUUUACGAUAAGCUACGACCACAAAUUCCAGUACUUAAAGAAGUUCAGCCCCUGUUAGAGAUGGACAGGGACGAGCGCAAACUAGACAUCUUCUUAACGUUUCACCGUUCUAGUCUAUUAAUAAGCGAUAUGAAAAUAUUCUUGCCCUUCACGAUAAAUCUCGAUCCCUACAUCAAGAAGAAGAUAAAAGAAGAACAGCAGAGCAUGGAGGAGGAAGUGGGACUCGGACCCUACAAACAGUACAGUCCUUGGACCGUGCACAAUAACGGGCAAGAACCGUGGAACGGAGGCAGAAGUGGUUUGGUUGGCCGGCAGAUGAAACUCGUUAAACAGCCGAGUUUGCAAGGGCAUCUGCCGCCACCAGUACCGUCGCAAGCGUCCUGGUACGUGCCACAGCCGGCGGUCGAUUGGCAUGCUCCGCAUUGGAUAUCGAUGCCUCCUAUGGAACCAGUCGCUAAACCACUUUCGGCAACUACAACUUUACCGUCCGAAAUUUUGGAGAUACGACUUCCGUCUCUAACGGUGAACGGUGUUUGCGAACUUAUCGAUAGAAUCGAAAGUAUAAACCCCAAUAUGACAUCGCAGUACAAGCAAGUUAUCAAAGAGAACAACAUUAAUGGUAGAGUUCUGUUACAUUGCGAUUUGGAAGAAUUGAAGAAGGUUGUUAAAAUGUCUUUCGGAGAUUGGGAAUUGUUCCGUAUGGUGAUCGUAUCGCUCAGGGAAUUAGAGUUAUCGACGUUUACCACGCACGAGGAGGGUUCACGAAGUGUACGGUUCACGAUGGGGUCAGAACAAAUUCAACGAAAAGAUCACGCUUUGCAAAGUACUUCGAUACGCGUGCCAACGUUAGUCGAGAAGGAGAAAGGGACGUCGAGGACCGAGGGGCCUCCCAGACGAGAUCAAACCAAACAGUCUAUAAUGGAAAAACAAUACCAGGUGACUCUAGAGGAGCAGAUGAUAUGCGGUGCGCUGCAAACGUUGAACGAAGAAGCGUGCGAAGAUGUGUUAGAUGUACCAUCCGCGGCGGUGGUACCAUCAGACUCACUAUCAGGGACCACAUCGACGACUCCCCAAGACACAGAAUUCGUGAUACUCCAAUCCAAUCCGCUUCUCCACUGGGUACCAGUUACCGACGAGUUGGAGACCUCGGACGACAGCUCCUUCGAAUCCACGGUUCACCUUCAACGUACGAACUCGCAACGUAGCAUAACGUCUCAGCUUAGCAUCAGAUCGGCUUGUUCCUUCGGACGAAGAGAUAUUAAGAAAACUGGCGGUAAUUCGACGAAUAGUAGACCAGCGUCGCUCUUCGUGUCACCGCCUCCUUCCCCGAAACUAGCGUUCAGAUCUAAGUCAACGGAUGAGAAUUACGUGGCCAACAAUAUACCACUGAGAUCGGCUAUCUCUACGCCUACUAAGAAACGACGUUCAACGUCGACUUUGAACGAUAACGACGUUGUCCUAUCGGUGCCCGUUCCCAACUCUAGUUUGGAGAAGUUGAGUAAACUGAAGGACCGGUUGAUGGGAACUCUACCGGCCUCGCCGGCUCCUCUGGAAAGCGAAGACGAGUCCACGCCGUUGGUCUCCGAGUUGUCUACGCCGACACACUCGCAGUCCGACAGCGUGUUCAGACACGAUGGUAGCGAAGAGAACAGCAGCUCGAUUUCCUCGGGCAAAAGUUUGCCGCGCGAUGGAGAACGAUCGAUGGACGUGAUCGAUUACUCCGAUACGGUCAGCCUGAUGGUGCGCGAAUCCUCCCAGGUGCGUUUCCUACCGCGGCAAGAAGCCGAAGAGUGGGACAAUCCUGAGACACCGGUCUGAUAGACAUAGAUUCGUUGACUAAUCUUAAUUAGUGAAUGAGUCGCCACGGAUAUUUAUGUGAAUUCAUAUUUUUAUAAAUGUAAGUAAUCUAAACGACAAUUUGUUUCUCUUCUGAGCGUAGCAGCCACAUAGUGACUAUGUGGUAUCAGUAUAAUCGAUUUAUCGCAUACUUAUUUUAAGCGCUCAAUGAUUUAUGGGUUCGAUUACGUUCUUUUACACAUUUUAUUUCCUAACAAAUACAUGAAUAUUCAUUAUCUGUUAAUGAAAGAACUCGAAAUGGUUCUUAAACCGAAGUUUGUGAUACAGAUUCUAGUUUCAGAAGUCAGCAAUUGACGGCCUGAAUGUUAUUAUAGUUGUCUUUUCACAUUUGAUUAAUGAAUCGACUGACUUACCCCACUACGAUUGUCACAGCCAAUCGUGUCUACUUUGUAUAUAAUAACUAGAGACGAUUAGAAGACCUUUUUAGAUAGAGCGCCCGAAGGUGUUCACGCGUGAAAAUGGAAACGAUACUUAAAAGGAAAUUAAAGGAGAGUGAGUGCUUUUUGUGCAUUGUAGUAUAUGUACGAAACUUAGACGUUUGGAGUUAACAUUCCUAAUAACAAUUCGAACGCAUUUAAACGACCUCAGCGUGUCAGCAGUUUUUAAAAAACUAUUGAGGACGCGUUAAACAAUUUAAUGUAAGUCAAUUCGUGAGAUAAUCCAGUGAUAGAACUUAUUUUAUCAUAUCAUAGGUGUAAAGAAAAUGUUCUCAUGUCGAAUUGCUAUUGAUUUUAAACGUUAGUCGUGUCGAGCACACUGUGACCGGUAAAUAAACGUUGACAAUUUAUACAACGAUUGAUAUCGUAAAGUCAAUAAGAUAUUUUAUGGUAGCAAAUCUUUUUAUUACGUAGUGAGAGAUAAACGGUUCCCCUUCUCGCCACCCUUUUAUUACUGGUUGUACCCGUUGAACGCGGUUGAAUUUUUGAAAGACUAUUGACGAUACGUCGCGAGUGAAAGAUUUUAUAAGUUAAUUUUAAUUAUUUCAAUACGCGAAUUUUACAUCUUUUUUUAAUUGUACUUAUUUUAUCGUACCUACGCGUGGGAGCUUAGAGAAGAGUGAGCAAACAUAUCUUCGACGAAUCUACAACGCAACUUUUUAAUAAUACUUUUUUAUUACAAAGCAAAAAAAUUAUACAUAUGUAUAUAACAGUGUAUGUAUAUAAUAUAAUACUUUAGGACGGAAUACAAUUAGGGUAUUUGUUGAUAAUAGCGGUGGAAAAUACAGCUAGUGUAUAUAUAUUAGAUUUUCAAUCAAUAACUAUAUGUACUUUACUUAAUUGCUAUUAAAAAUAUAUAGUAUACUUAAAUACAGAAAACAUCGAACGGAACGCCUUACUCUACUGGCAUAAAUGCUCACUUGUCAAAUAAGAUAAGUACUUUAACAGCCCUACUCCUUCAUUCAAUUCGAAACGAUUCUAUGCUCCGCGUUUCACAUAGAAUUCUCUUAAGAGUAAAUUUGGUCAGACUGCAAACUAUCAAUUCGCCUGAUCACGAUUUAAACAACUGUAUCACCGUUUCUCCGAACUUCACAAAAGAGGGUCGAUCGAACGAUCGACUAAUUUCAACAGUAAUACUUUCUCUAGCAAAUAAAAGUUGAUAGGAAUUAAAGAUAUCUUACUCUUUCACCAUUAUAAAAGGCACUAUGGCAAGUAGAAAACAUUAUAAAUCUAUUAAAUACCUCUAAUAAAAUUACCAUCUACACGAUCAAAAAUUUAAUCCUUCGAUUAUGCAUAGAUACGUUAUCAGGCCAACAAACGCAAAAAUAAUAAAGUCAUUUAACAUUUUCGUCUUUAAUACUACGAAGUACUACCAAAGGUCAAUGCACUUAUUAGUAAGAAAAAGACGAUUUAUAGGAAGUCGCGGCAAAUGCACCUUGACAAAUGUAUCAAAUCUCUACGGGGUGUGUGAACUGUGGUAGUUCUAACGCUAAAAGGAGCACCAUACAUUGUUCUAAUGUACGCGUCGGUUCUUAGAAGUUACGUAAUAAAAUGCAAGAAUGUUUAAUCCUUCGUAAAAAAAUUGACUAUCUCAUGUAACACAAUAAAUAUAAAAUACGCUUAAAUAAUCUUCAUGGCAGAAUUGAAUCGGUAAAGUACAAUGAUUAUUGUUAAAAAGCAGACAUGAAAAUAUAGAAUAACCCGAGUACUUGAAAAGAGUAUUGCUUCCGUCUUUAAUUUGCAAUUAUAUAUGUAAAUAUA